AUGAGUGAGGGAAAAGACGAGCCAAAAAAGGAGCCAGUUUGGAAAACCAUUCAUCUAGAUGGCAAUCGUAAAAGAUGUUUUUUUGCUCGAGAUGAAUUCUACGAUUGCGUUAGGCGUGUUAAUUAUCAGAAAAUGGAGAACCCUAUCGAUGAAAUUGACUACUCUGAGUGUCGCGAAUACCGCAAAUAUUAUCGACUUCGUUGCCCGGGUUCAUGGAUCGAACUCUUUGACAGACGGAACGGUUUUAUACCCGGUACAGAUGUUGAAGGUGAAAAUUAG